CCCCAGAGCGCUCCCUCAGGCUGGGCUGCGUUUCCAACCUUCCUGGCCUGGAGUUUCCAGCAGGGGCAGCUCCUUGCACCACCCAGCCCUUCAGGACCCUCCAGGAUCUGCUGGCCCUGCCAUUUCCCUGAGCACGUUUCCAUCCCUGUCCCUGAGCGAGGUCCCAGGGAGGGUGCUGUGGGAGACAUGACAGAAAGAGCCCUGGCCGGCUGGUGGGUAUCGCGUCCCCCUCAGUGUCAUCCCCUUCAGUGUCGGCUACACUGCCCCGCACAUCCGGGAACCCAGGGGAAGGAGUGACGAGGGUCCCCUCCCCACUCUGACCCUGAGACCCUGGAAGGAAGUGGACUGUGGGGGCAGAGCGUGCCAGGCUGGGCCCAGCUCCUGCAGACUCUGCGUGGACCACGGCGCUGCGGGCGCUGCUGCGGUGGGAAGUACACUCGCUUGUCCUGUCUCACACUCUGUGCCUGCGGGGCUCCCAGGGGACUCGCACUUCCCCAGCCUCCUGCUUUUGUAUCCAGCCCCCGCACUGUAAAAUGUAGUUUAAUGUUUCCAGCCAAGGUUCAAAAGUGAUCAAAGAAAUGCAGCAAACCUACUUCUGACUCCCUGAAAACAUUCUUGGAUUUGCUGUCAUCUGUUUUCUAAAAAGUUUCUAAAAGUUUGAGAGGUGAGGUGCUGCGUUCUUUGUGUAAAAGCUGUGACACAGCAGGGGUCUGCCCCAUUUGGGAGGAUUCACAGAUUCCUGGCAAAUCAGCAGUCUGGUCUGCCGUUGUCACCUGCUGAGAGGGGAUGGUCUACAGUCCCUUAGUUUCUGCUUUCUGGCAGAAUGUCUUCUUCACCUGAAGAAAAAUAGUUCCAGCUGGGUGUGGUGGUGCACACCUGUAAUCCCAGUACUUGUAGGCUGAGGUAGGAGGAUCGCCAUGAGUUGCAGGCCAGCCUGGGCCACUUAGCAAGUCCAUCUCUCAAAAACCCCCGGAAAAAAAGAAAAGUAGUUCCCAUUUGUGUUGUUUACCUUUUGUUUUGUAGACCAGGGAUUGAACCUGGGGGCUGUUACUCCCAAACUACCCCCAAUCCUUUUUACACUUUGAGAUAGGCUAAACUCAUACUUGGAAUCCUCCUGCCUCCUUGGCUUUUCCAAUCAGCUAGUAUCGCAGGAAUAACAUUCACAAGGGAUGGCCGCUACAUGGCGUUAGCUGAGCGGCGAGACUGCAAGGACUACGUGAGCAUCUUUGUGUGCAGUGAUUGGCAGCUCCUGCGGCACUUCGACACCGACACGCAGGACCUGGCCGGCCUGGAGUGGGCCCCCAACAGCUGUGUACUGGCGGCAUGGGACGCCUGCCUGGAGUACAAGAUGCUGCUGUACUCUCUGGAUGGCCGCCUGCUCUCCGUGUACUGCGCCUACGAGUGGUCCCUGGGCAUCAAGUCUGUGGCCUGGAGCCCCAGCAGCCAGUUCCUGGCAGUCGGGAGCUAUGACGGAAAGGUGCGGCUCCUGAACCAUGUGACCUGGAAGAUGAUCACGGAGUUUGGGCAUCCUGCAGCCAUUCACAGCCCCAAGACAGUUGUGUACAAGGAAACAGAGAAGACCCCGUUGCUGGCCCUGGGCCACCUGCCCUUCCCACCGUCCCGAGCAGGCACCCGUCCUCUCACCACUGCAGAGAGCAGAUAUGAGGUCGCCUCUGUGCCCAUCACCCUGCAGACCCUGAAGCCAGCCACUGACAGGGCCAACCCCAGGAUGGGCGUAGGGAUGAUGGCCUUCAGUGCUGACAGCUACUUCCUGGCAACAAGGAACGACAAUGUUCCCAAUGCUGUUUGGGUCUGGGACAUUCAGAAGCUGAGGCUCUUUGUGGUGCUCGAACAGCUGUCCCCGGUGCGCUCCUUCCAGUGGGACCCACAGCAGCCACGGCUGGCCAUCUGCACAGGGGGCGGCAAGGUCUACCUGUGGUCACCGGCUGGCUGUGUGUCAGUGCAGGUGCCCGGGGAAGGUGAGUGCAUCCGUGCAGGUAUGUACUACACACACACACCCGGGGAAGGUGAGUGCAUCCAUGCAGGAAUGUGUGUACACACACACACACCCACACACACCCCACACACGGAAGCCAGGGCCCAGCUCCAGGUGGCAUUGGGCUCCACCCAGCUGUGCCCCUGGGUCACCAGUCCCCCACCUCAUCAUGCAGGCUGCCUUCCCAGGGGACCCCAGCCCCUCUGCCCUGACCCUCUGGCCACCUCUCCCCAGGUGAUUUCCCAGUGCUUUCUCUUUGCUGGCAUCCAAGCGGAGACUCCUUGGCCCUCCUCAGUAAGGAUCACUUCUGCCUCUGUUUCCUGGAGACCAAGGAGGGUAUCGGGGCAGCUGUAGGACAGUGGGAUGGCCACGCUUAGGACUUGUGAGGCUGCCAAGGCACAGCACCCGGCACACCCCCGACAUCGGGAAGGCACCUGCAGCCACCUUGGGACAGAUUCUCUAUUGGAUUCUAUUUUUCUAUUUAGCCAAUUUUGUAAAUAUGUAUGGUAGUAAGCUGUAAUUUUCAUUAAAAUAAAUUGUUGCUAAUUUAUAAAAUGUUGACAGCCUCAAGAUCUGAAAUGACCAGCCUACCUCCUGGUCAACAGUGACCAUCCAUCCUCACUGGACAUUCAGGAAGGGUGGUAGCUUUCUGUG